AUGACGUGCUCCAUCGAGGAUCUCGCCCGCAUGUAUAUGCCCCAAGAGAAGUAUAUCCGCCUUGUCAAAGCCGAGUUGCAACAACGACUCGAUGUCAUCUCACAAUGGUGCAUUGAGCCCGGCUCUAGAGUCCUCGAAAUCGGCUGCGGACAGGGCGACAGCACCGUGAUCCUGGCCGAUCUCGUGGGGGCGGAUGGCCACGUUACGGGCAUCGACCCGGCACCGCUAGACCAUGGGAGCCCUUUUUCUUUCGCUCAAGUCCACGCAAACCUGAAAUCGUCCCCUCUGGGUUCCAGAAUCACCUUUCACCAAGCUACUUUGCAAGAAUUUCUCCAAUCCAACCCAGAUGCUAAAUUCGACUACGCCGUGUUCAUGCAUUGCCUCUGGUAUUUUGAGUCUCCCGACGGCCUUCGUCCCAUGUUGGCCAGCCUCCGUGGGCGAGCACGGAAUCUGCUAAUCGCAGAGUUCUCACUGGACGCGCGCGGGGAUCCGACAACUCUUCCUCAUCUGCUCGCUGCUCUUUCACAGGCGGAAAUAUCCAGCCGAGUGGCCCGGGCAAUUCAGGAGACUAACAUUUUCUCAUUGCAUACCCCGAAAAGCAUCAAGAAAGCCGUAUCCCAGGCAGGCUGGAAGAUGCAAAAGGAGAGCUACGUGGACAAUCAUCCCGACGCUUUGGAUGGUAGGAGAGAAGUUGACGCUGUUCUCUCCGAGGAAUGUCGUAUGGCAAUUGCAACCGAACCUGAGGAAGGCCGAAGGAGAUUUGCAGAGGCAUUGGUGGAGUCUGUCCAAGCCGCAGUAGGUUCUCUGGGCCCCGGAAAGAAAGCGAAGACCAUGAGCAGCUGGUUGGGAUCCUUCGCAUGA